AGUUAAUGCUGAACGGGCGGUUCGCGUUUGAUCUUUGAUGUAUUAGUUCAUCUCGAGACUUCACGAUGUGAUUUCAGUGAAAAUGUGUCGAGUAAUAAUGAUAUCAGCUAUAAGGUUCAACUACAGAUCAUCGUUCAUCUCAUAAUGUUGUGAAAAGUAAAUCGAAUAAACUUUCAAAGAUGAACUCACACGACACGAGCUCCUCUAAACCUAUGGAAGCUGUACAGCAUCCACAUCCAGAACCAGGUAAACCGAACUACGUUCAUGUGGAUCUGGAAGCUCAUAAAACAGUGAUGAAGAUCGGUACAGCAGUAUUCUACGCGAUAUCUUCGUUCUUCAUUACAGUAAUCAAUAAAUCCGUACUGACCAGCUACGGUUUUCCAUCUUUUCAGUUCUUAGCUUUCGGUCAAAUGGUUACCACCGUUGUGGUUCUUUUCGUUGCUAAGAAAAUCGGUUACAUCAAGUUCCCGAAUUUUCAUUUUAGAAUAUUCUAUCAAUUAUUUCCGUUGCCAUUUAUCUACGUCGGUAAUAUGACCUUUGGAUUGGGCAGCACGAAAGAACUCAGUUUACCUAUGUUCACCAUGUUGAGAAGAAUAUCCAUAUUCAUGACCAUGAUUGGCGAAUACUUCGUUCUGAAAAUAAAACCAUCACCGUCGGUUCAAAUAUCGGUCGCUUUGAUGAUCCUCGGAGCAGGAGUAGCAGCUCUUAAGGAUUUGGCGUUCACUUUACACGGUUAUACUUACGUUUUAAUCAACAAUCUGUUUACCGCUAGUUCGAACAUCGUUACUAAACAGAAGCUAGAGUCUCGUUCAGAAAUGGGCAAAUAUGGUAUAUUAUUUUAUUGCUCGAUUUUCAUGUUACCUGUUUGUUUCAUACUGUUGUGGCAGACUGGAGAUUUGGAGAAAAUAGCCAAUUAUCCGCACUGGUUGAGUUUCCCAUUUCUUGUACAGUUUUCACUGUCGUGUGUGAUGGGAUUUGUACUUUCGUAUAGUGUGAUGUUAUGUACUCAGUUUAAUUCUGCCCUUACUACCACAAUUAUCGGGUGUUUGAAAAACAUACUUAUUACUUAUUUAGGCAUGUUUAUCGGUGGCGAUUAUGUAUAUUCUUUCGAAAAUUUCGUCGGUAUAAAUAUCAGCGUUGCUGGAAGUAUUUUGUAUACUUGGGUUACCUUUAGACCGAAAAAACCGCAUCCUGUGCUUGCUCCUUUGAAACAGGUUACCACUAAUAUAUGAAUGACUGUACAACUGUAUCAAUUAUUCUUUUUAUAUGCGAGUGUAUGAAUGUCUAGUCAUUAGUAAUGUCCAAAGUGAUGCCAUAAUUUAUUUUUUAGAUUGUUCGAAUGACUAGAAUAUCGUAUAUUUUUAUCCUUUCUUAAAUCGUAGAUUUCCUUUUGUAAAUUUCGAUACUUAAUUUUAUUAUUGAUUGAGACUGUAAAAAGUUGUGUUUUUUUUAGCGAAUCAGUCAUUGUGGUACUUGUUGAAAAAAUUGAUAUCAUGAUUGGAUAAUAUCAAAGCUGGAAAGAAAGAUCACGACUUAAUCGUUAAGUUGUGCUUAGUAUAAGGAAAAGGAAAUGCAGUAUUCAAUCUGAGCGUUUAUGAGUAACGCAAGUAUUCUUAUUACUGCUUUGAUUUUUUAUGGAUGCCUGUAAAAGUGUUAAUUAACUUUAAUGGUUAAUAGUCGUUCAAUUUUUUUUCUAAUUGCUUAUUCUUGUGUACUUGGAAUAUUAUAAGAUGUUGAAAAUUUCUUGCGCAAUUUUUUUUAUGUAAAUCUGUCGACAUUUUUUUUCUUUUUUUAAUUUCCUGUAAAAUGUCCAACCAAAGUUUUACCGCAUUUAUAUGAAAUUUUUAAAUUUUGUAAUUUUUAUUUUAAAUAUACAUUUUUUAUCGAAACGAUUUUGAGAUUUUUAUAAAAUAAUGGGCAUUUUGUUGAAUUAAAUUUAUUUUAAACUAACAACUUAGUGAUAUUUUAAUCUAAUUAUGAACAUGAUAAACUACACAAUGAAUCGACAUCUUCCUUGGUUAAAUUUUCAAAUUCUAGGGCAAACUUCUACGAAUUCGUCAUCUUUAGCAGUGCAUUUUUUCACCGCUAACUUGAUCCCUUUAUGCUGUUUGUCAAUUUUAUUAGAAAAUUUGACCCCAUCGUACAUAAACGUAUUGUAACUGAUAGUUA